CAAAUACUUCUCUUUCUUUCUCUCUAUCUCCAAAAUAUAUAUAUCUCCAUUUUGACUCCACCCAACGUUCUAUCUUACGAUCCCUUUUAUUAUUUACUAAAAUUUGUUUUAGGAAAAAUCUGAUCAUAUACGUAAAAAUCUUCCUCAAACUGAUCAUCCUUAUAUCCUAGGCAACUAUUUUUUCCUUACUUUGAUUCUCACCUACUUUUUUUCCUUUCCUUUCCUUUCCAAUUGAUAUUUAUCUAUAUCCUUAUUUAUUACUUUUACUCCACCAUCCUUUCCAAGCUGUUGAUUAUUAGCUCUAACAUCUCAAACCAUAUCCUUCUACUAUGCUGGAGAGUCCCUCUACAGUUACUAAUUAUGAUGAGAAUUCGUACCACAAUUAAAUUCCUUUCCUAAAUUUCCAUAUUUUUGGAGCACGUUUUUUUCUUUCUUAUUUUAGUAUAAAAAGGAAUUUUUAUUUUAUUAUUUGUGUUUUUAUUUUAUUAUUUGUGAUCGGACUCGAAAAGAUAGAAAUUAAAGAGCAAAAAUGGCUGCACCGCCGAGUAGCCGGCUCCAAAAUAUGCUGCAGACGGCGGUGCAAUCAGUUCAAUGGACUUACAGCCUCUUCUGGCAAUUAUGUCCUCAGCAAGGGAUAUUAAUAUGGGGAGAUGGAUACUACAAUGGAGCUAUAAAAACAAGGAAAACUGUUCAACCAAUGGAAGUGAGCGCUGAGGAGGCUUCACUUCACAGAAGUCAACAGCUUAGAGAGCUUUAUGACUCCUUGUCCGUCGGAGAAACCAAUCAACCGCAACGGCGGCCUUGUGCCGCCUUGUCACCCGAAGAUCUAACAGAAUCUGAGUGGUUCUACUUGAUGUGUGUCUCUUUCUCCUUUUCUCCUGGUGUUGGGUUGCCAGGAAAAGCAUAUUCAAGGAGGCAGCACGUAUGGCUCACGGGUGCAAACGAGGUCGACAGCAAAAUUUUCUCUAGAGCCAUUCUAGCCAAGAGUGCCGGUGUACAGACUGUGGUGUGCAUUCCUCUACUAGACGGCGUGGUAGAAUUUGGGACCACGGAAAGGGUUAAAGAAGACCUUGGGUUUAUCCAACAUGUUAAGACUUUUUUCAUAGACCACCACCCUCUCCCGCCAAAACCAGCACUUUCAGAGCAAUCCACUUCAAACCCGGCCACUUCAUCAGACAACCCAAGAUUUCAUUCUCAGCCAAUGACCGCCGCCAUUUACUCGGGGCCGGCGGGGGCAGCUGGCCCUGCUAUCGAGGAAACCAACAAAGAAGACGAGGGAGAUGAAGAUCAAGAGGAUGAGAUGGAUGAAGAAGAGGAUGAGGAGGUCGGUGAAUCAGACUCUGAGGCCGAAAUAGGCCGCAUUGGAGGACCCAAGAAUAGUUCAGCAGAAGCAGUUGUAGCAGCUGCUGAGCCUAGUGAGUUAAUGCAAUUGGAUAUGUCGGAGGAUAUAAGACUAGGCUCGCCCGACGAUGGGUCCAAUAAUUUAGACUCAGACUUUCACUUGUUGGCUGUAAGCCAGCGCAAACGUCAUGAUCAUCUUUGUCAACCUAACUCGUACCCAGCCGAGUCUACUCCACGGUGGCCCCUUCUACCAGAUCACCCCACAACCAAUAUUGGUCUUCUGCUACCACCCUCAUCAGGUCCUACAAAUCCAUUAGAAGACAUAGCACAUGAAGACACUCACUACUCAGAAACAGUGUCCGCCAUCCUCCAAAACCAGCCCAGCUGCCUAUGGGCAGAGUCAUCGUCAUCAGGCUACGUCACGUACUCAACCCAAUCAGCUUUCUCCAAGUGGACAAACCUCAACGAUCACCACUCCAUCUUCCACGUGUCAUCCUCCUCUUCAUCAUCAGAAUCCACCUCACAAUGGCUCCUAAAGUAUAUCCUUUUCAGUGUACCCCUCCUCCACACCAAGUACCGCGACGAAAACUCUCCCAAGGGCAGCGCUGGUGUCGGAGUCGACACCGCGACCCGGGCAUUCCGGAAUAAAGGCGGGACACCACAAGACGAGCUCAGUGCCAACCAUGUCAUGGCAGAGCGUCGGCGCCGAGAGAAGCUCAACGAGAGGUUCAUCAUAUUAAGGUCGUUGGUACCUUUCGUAACCAAGAUGGACAAGGCCUCUAUUUUAGGAGAUACCAUCGAGUACGUCAAACAGUUGAGAAAAAAGGUUCAAGAUCUCGAGACACGUAACCAUUUGAUGGAGCUUGAUCAACGGUCAUUAAUGAUGCCAGUUGUCCCGCAAAGGACGUGUAGUACUGGAUCCUUGAAAGACCAACGGAGCGGGUUGACUAUUGUUGAUCGGGUACGGAUUGAACCACCCGGAUCUGAAAAGAGGAAAAUGAGGAUUGUGGAAGGAAGCCAUGGCGUCGUAGCUAAACCCAAGUCAGUGGAGUCUUCAGCUUCUCCACCGCUAUCGCCUCGGUCCGAGACAACGGUGCAAGUUUCGAUUAUAGAGAAUGACGGGUUGUUGGAGCUCCAAUGUCCUUACAGAGAAGGAUUGUUACUUGAACUCAUGCAAAUGUUAAAGGAGCUUCGGAUUGAGACCACAACGGUUAAUUCUUCAUUAAGUAAUGGAUUAUUUGCCAUUGAAUUAAGAGCCAAGGUUAAGGAGAAUGUACAUGGAAGGAAGGCAAGCAUAGUAGAGGUGAAGAGAGCAAUAAAUCAAAUUAUACCGCAUCGUGAUAAUUGAGUUAUAAUUAAUGUGCUAGCAUUUAGAUUUAUAAAAUAAAAUAUAGUGUGAUCGAUUGAGAUAAUUAUAUGUGUAGGAUAUACAACAUUGUUUCGUUUCUUUGUGGUUGAGACUGUGGCACCUCGACCCAGCCCUAUGAUAAAUUCUAACAUGAUGGUGUAUGUAUUUGUCAUUGACAUUAAUUCAACAUAUAGAGUUCUAAUAGUUCAAAAAAAAAAAAAAAAAAAAAACAUAUAGAGUUCUAACAAAUGUAUGAUCAGACAUGUUCUCGUGCCUAUUAUAUAACUAAUGUGGAUAGUAACAAUUUUUUAAUGAACA